CUUUUUAUAGUAUAUGGUUUUGAUGGUUGCAAUAAAUAAUUAAAUUAAAAAUAUGAAGACAUACAAAACUGAAACUGGUUGUUAUUCUAUAUUGUUUGCACCUGUCCAUUUUACUUUGUCUUUUCUAAUUCUGUGUAGGAGAUGAUUCUAGAUUUCUGGACCAGUUUCUUCCCUGCUCCUCAUCUCUUUCACUCCCGGGCCCUCCCGGCCACUUUCUCAUUGGUAAUAUGAUGGAGCUGAAACACGAUCAUCUACCAAUUCACCUCACAAAUUUGGCACAGCGCUAUGGAAGCAUUUAUCGCCUUAAAUGCGGAACAACAACUAUGGUAGUGCUGAACAGCAGCAAAGUCAUAAGAGAAGCACUGGUGAAGAAAUGGUGUGACUUUGCUGGGAGACCGAUCUCAUACACAGGUGAUAUUGUGUCUGGGGGAGGUUGCAACAUAUCUUUAGGUGACUAUACUGAAAAGUGGAGGGCACAACAUCGCCUUGUCCAUAGUUCUCUGCAGCGUUGCUGCAAAAAGUCUUUGCAUGAUGUCAUUGAGAGACAAGCGCUGCAUCUGUUAAAGGUUUUGAUGGGCUAUAAAGGCCGUGCUGUAGAUCUGUCAGAGGAUUUUACUGUGGCGGCCAGUAAUGUCAUCACCACUAUGGCUUUCGGAAUAGAAUAUGACAAGAGCUCAUCGGAGCUGCAGGAGUUGCACAGAUGUCUCAAUGAGAUUGUUGCUCUGUGGGGCUCCGCUUGGAUAUCAGCCCUGGACUCUUUCCCACUGCUUAGAAAAUUACCCAAUCCUGUUUUUGCCCAUCUUCUGAAAGAGGUGGUCAGGAGAGACAAAAUCAUAGGAAGACAUCUCAACAAUUACAAGUCACAGGACAAAAAAAAUCAGGAUGUCAUCACAGGAUCCCUCCUCCAGGGACUUGACAAUCAGAACACAAAAGACAAAGCGCUGCUAACAGAUAUUCAUGUUCACAUGGCAACAGUGGACCUUCUUAUCGGGGGAACAGAGACUACUGCGGCCUGGCUAAACUGGAUGGUGGCCUUCCUCCUGCACAGACCAGAGGUGCAGGAGUUGGUAUAUGAGGAGCUGUGCACAGUAUUGGAGGGCCGAUACCCUAAAUACAGCGACAGACACAGACUUCCUGUCCUCUGCUCUCUGAUCAGUGAGGUGCUCAGGCUCAGGCCAGUCGCCCCUUUGGCAGUACCACACAGAGCCAUCAGAGACAGCAGAAUUGCAGGUUAUUUCAUCCCUAAGAACACAGUCAUCAUUCCUAAUCUUUUUGGAGCACAUCAUGAUCCUGAAGUUUGGCCUGACCCAUACAGCUUCAAACCAGAGCGCUUUCUGAAAGAAGGAGGAGGAAGCGGAGGCGGCUCCACCCGUGACCUGAUCCCUUUUGGAGGGGGGGCUCGGCUCUGCCUGGGAGAGUCUGUGGCCAAAAUGGAGCUUUUUCUGUUCAGUGCCUACUUGCUGAGAGAUUUUCAGUUCCUCCUGCCUGAGAGCGAGACCUCACUGCCUGAUCUGAGAGGAGUUGCCAGUGUUGUGCUUAAAAUCAAGUCCUAUGAAGUUGUAGCACGUCCAAGACCUGUGACUAAUCCCUGAGCUGCAGUGGGUGUAUUGCUGACUUGUUGUUUGCGUUGGCCAUGUAUGUGCAAAUUUAUGUUUCACAUAUUUACAUUUUCUCUUCUUAUUCUUAUUCAUUCCUACACUUUAUUAUCAAAGUUAUUUGUUCCACCAGCACUGAAUAAAAUGU